GUGAGGCUGAAGUGCACAUUUUCUUAUGCAGUGCUGCAGUUUAAACAGUGUUGAAAACAAUGCUUCGAGUAAUUGUGGAAUCUGCUGCAAAUAUCCCUAAACAUAAGUUUGGGAAACCAGAUCCCAUUGUGUCAGUUAUUUUUAAAGAUGAAAAAAAGAAAACAAAGAAAAUCGAUAGCGAACUCAACCCUGUUUGGAAUGAGAUUCUUGAGUUUGAUUUGAGAGGAAUACCUCUGGAUAUUUCAUCAUCGUUGCAGAUUGUUGUGAAAGAUUUUGAAACAUUAGGGCAGAACAAGCUAAUUGGCACAGCAACGGUAGCACUGAAGGAACUAGUGGGCACGCAAAGUAGAUCGCUUCCAUACAAGAAUGUUCCCCUGCUACAUGAAAAGGGCCUUGGAACAGGAGCAACCAUUGAUUUAGUGGUAGGAUAUGAGCCACCAGCCGGCCCUCCAAAUCCAACUGACCCUGGAGGAACUAACACACAAGGCACGGAAGAAGGAGAAGAAGAUGGAGGUGAUGAGGAUAUGGCUGAUGUUGGAAGUGGUGUUCUUCCCCAAGGCAAUCCAAGUGGCACACGUGAAACUCAGCUUGCUCGACGUAUUACCAAAGGAAGGAAAAAUAGGAGGGUGCUUUCUAACAAACCUCAAGACUUCCAGAUUCGCGUUAGGGUCAUUGAAGGCCGUCAGUUGUGUGGCAAUAACAUAAAGCCAGUUGUCAAAGUACAUGUUUGUGGCCAGACACACAGAACAAGAAUCAAAAGAGGGAACAAUCCCUAUUUUGAUGAGAUGUUUUUCUACAAUGUCCACAUGACUCCUUCAGAGCUCUUUGAUGAAACAAUAAGCAUUCGGGUGUAUGACUCUUAUUCUUUACGUGCAGACAGCUUAAUGGGGGAAUUUAAGAUUGACAUUGGUUAUGUCUAUGAUGAACCUGGUCACGUGGUCAUGAGAAAAUGGCUGCUUCUAAAUGACCCUGAAGAUACUAAUUCAGGUGCCAAAGGGUACUUGAAAGUCAGCAUGUUUGUGCUUGGAACGGGAGAUGAGCCACCAGUAUGUUUAAUUUCUGCUUGCUCCGCUACUUUCCAUCCUAUCGCCACAGUCAUUCUCUUCCAUGGCCUUCUACAGCGCUGCCUUUCAAAGGCAGAAAACAGAGAACGAGACAAUGACAAUGAUGAUGUGGAAAGUAAUCUUUUAUUACCAGCUGGAAUAGUACUCCGAUGGGUCACUUUCGUUCUUAAAAUCUACAGAGCUGAAGAUAUUCCUCAGAUGGAUGAUGCUUUUGCACAGACUGUAAAAGAAAUAUUUGGAGGAGAGGCUGACAAGAAAAACCUCGUGGAUCCAUUUGUGGAAGUUUGUUUUGCUGGGAAAAAGGUUUGCACAAAUAUAAUUGAAAAGAAUGCUAACCCAGAAUGGAAUCAGCUUGUUAAUCUUCAGAUCAAGUUCCCUUCAGUGUGUGAAAAAAUAAGACUGAUAGUGUAUGACUGGGAUCGCCUUACAAAAAAUGAUGUAGUGGGCACAACCUAUUUAAAUCUCUCCAGAAUUGCUGCCUCUGGUGGAGAAGUUGAAGAGCUUUCAUCUUCGGGAGCUGGGGUUUCAUCAUAUGAAGUAAACACUGGAGAGACAGAAGUUGGCUUCUUACCAACAUUUGGACCUUGUUACCUAAACCUUUAUGGAAGUCCAAGAGAAUAUACCGGUUUCCCAGACCCAUAUGAUGAGCUGAAUUCCGGAAAGGGAGAAGGAGUAGCUUACCGAGGAAGACUCCUAGUUGAACUAUCUACAUUGCUUGAUAGCAAACCCCUCAGUAAGAAGAUUGAGAUGAUACCUAAUGAUGACAUACUAGUUGUUGAGAAAUAUCAGCGUAGAAGAAAAUACAGCCUCUGUGCCGUGUUUCAUUCUGCUACCAUGUUGCAAGAUAUUGGCGAGGCCGUCCAGUUUGAAGUUAGCAUUGGGAAUUAUGGUAAUAAAUUUGAUAACACUUGCAAACCAUUGGCAUCAACAACUCAGUACAGUCGCGCUGUAUUUGAUGGAAACUACUAUUACUACCUACCAUGGGCAAACACAAAGCCAGUAGUGACACUGACUUCUUUUUGGGAGGAUAUAAGCCAUAGACUGGACCCUUUAAAUCUUAUUCUUGCAAUAGUGGACAAACUGCAAACAAAUAUAAAAGCUUUUAAGUCAGGAAUACAGGCAAAAGUGUCAGAAAACCGGUUGACAGAGAUCUGGUUGAAGCUAAUCGAUGAACUUAUGGAAGACUUAAGUAAGCCAUUCCCUCUCAUUGAAGGAAAACAUAAUGUCACACUCCUCGACACACAGUUGCAAAAACUACGGCUCCGAUCCCUCAAGCAGAUUCAGGAGGCAGCAGGAAGGCUGAGGAUUGAAGCCAGAGAUGUGAAGGACACUCUGGCAGAUAUUGAAGAUUGGUUGGAUAAAUUAAUACUGCUAUCUGAAGAGCCACAAAACAGCAUGCCUGAUGUGAUCAUUUGGAUGAUCCGGGGGGAGAAGAGGCUCGCCUGUGCGCGCAUUCCUGCUCACCAGAUCAUAUAUUCCACCACAUGUCCUGGAGCCUCUGGGAAAUAUUGUGGGAGCACCCAGACCAUCUUUUUAAAGUACCCACAGGACAAAAGCAACGGCACUAAAAUACCCGUACAGUUGCGAGUCAACUUUUGGCUUGGCUUGAGUGCAGUUGAAAAGAAGUUUAAUAGCUUUGCAGAAGGAACAUUUAGUGUCUUUGCUGAAAUGUAUGAAAAUCAGGCUCUUGUGUUUGGGAAAUGGGGGACUUCAGGACUCGUUGGCCGCCACAAGUUUUCUGAUGUCACAGGGAAAAUCAAACUGAAAAGAGAGUACUUUUUGCCUCCCAAAGGCUGGGAGUGGGAAGGCGAAUGGGACGUUGAUCCGGAAAGAAGCUUGCUGACCGAAGCAGAUGCUGGUCACUCUGAGUAUACUGAUGAAGUGUAUCAAAAUGAGAGCCGUUUUCCUGGAGGAGAAUGGAAAGCAGCUGAAGCUAGUUAUACAGAUGUGAAUGGAGAAAAAGCACCACCACCCAGUGAAAUAACCUGCCCUCCAGGUUGGAUAUUGGAUGAUGAUGCCUGGGAAUAUGAUAUAAAUCGAGCAGUGGAUGAAAAAGGUUGGGAAUAUGGAAUUACUAUCCCUCCUGACACUAAGCCAAAAUCAUGGGUUGCAGCAGAGAAAAUGUAUCAUACCCAUAGAAGAAGAAGGCUGAUUCGAAAACGCAGAAAAGAUCCAAACCAAACUCCAACAUCAAAGGGAACCACAUCCUAUGAAGAUCAUGAAGGAUGGGAAUUUGCAUCUUUGAUUGGGUGGAAAUUUCACUUGAAGCAACGCAGUUCUGAUACUUUUCGCCGCAGACGCUGGAGGAGAAAAAUGGCUCCUUCAGACACCCAUGGUGCAGCAGCCAUCUUUAAGCUUGAAGGAGCUCUUGGAGCAGAUACAAGUGUAGAUGAUGGAGAGAAGACUUCUGAGAAGGCCAAAGAUACAGUCACACGUGUAUUUGGUGCAAACACUCCAAUCGUCUCGUGCCAUUUUGACAGAGUCUACAAUUACCACCUGCGGUGUUACAUUCAUCAAGCAAGAAAUCUUAUGGCUCUGGACAAAGACAGUUUUUCAGAUCCAUAUGGUCACGUUUCAUUCCUCCAUCGAAGCAAAACAACUGAGAUAAUCCAUUCAACGCUGAACCCAACAUGGGAUCAAACUCUCAUAUUUGAUGACAUUGAAAUCUAUGGAGACCCACAAAUGAUAGCACAAAACCCACCUCACGUGGUUGUUGAACUCUUCGACAAUGAUCAAGUGGGCAAAGAUGAGUUUCUAGGAAGAAGUUCUUUCCUUCCUAUGGUAAAACUCAAUCCAGAUGUUGACAUCACUCCUAAGCUUCUCUGGUAUCCAGUUAUAAAUGGAGGCAAGGCUUGUGGUGAUGUUCUUUUAGCAGCUGAACUUAUACUGAGUGAAAAGGGUAGUUCCAACCUUCCAAUUCUUCCUUCACAAAGAGCACCAAACCUUUAUAUGGUACCACAAGGAAUCAGACCUGUGGUUCAACUGACCGCUAUUGAGAUUCUUGCCUGGGGAUUACGGAACAUGAAAAACUACCAAAUGGCUUCUGUCACUUCUCCCAGUCUCAUUGUAGAGUGUGGAGGUGAAAUGGUGGAAUCUGUAAUGAUUAAGAACCUGAAGAAGACACCAAAUUUUCCUGGAUCUGUCAUCUUCAUGAAAGUGCUAAUGCCAAAGGAAGAAAUGUACAGUCCAUCACUAGUUCUUAAAGUGAUAGACCACAGGCAAUUUGGCCGAAAACCUAUUGUGGGACAAUGUACCAUUGAUUUGCUGGAGCGUUUUCGCUGUAAUCCUUAUACUGCUGAAGAAGACAUUGCACCACAAAUGAAAGUUAGUAUCCUCUCUGCUGCACCUCGUCGGGAAGUGGUGAUUGAAGUGGAAGACACACAACCUCUACUAACAGCACAGCUCACAGAAAAGGAAGAAGAAAUUGUAGACUGGUGGAGCAAGUUUUAUGCAUCAAUAGGAGAUACUGAAAAAUGUGGACAAUACAUUCAGAAAGGAUAUGAUACAAUAAAGAUUUACAACUGUGAACUGGAGAAAGUACCUGAAUUUAAGGGUCUGACAGACUUCUGCGAAACUUUCAAACUGCAUCGAGGCAAAUCUGAAGAAAAUGAUGACCCUACAGUUGUAGGAGAAUUUAAGGGCUCCUUUAGGAUAUACCCAUUACCAGAUGACCCUACUGUACCAGCUCCUCCUCGGCAGUUCCGUGAGCUACCAGAUAGUGGCUCUCAAGAGAGUAUUAUACGGAUUUAUAUUGCCCGAGCCUUAGAUCUCCAACCUCAGGAUAACAAUGGACUGUGUGAUCCUUACAUUAAAAUCACUUUAGGCAAAAAAGUUGUUGAAGACAGAGAUCAUUAUAUUCCCAACACUCUCAAUCCAAUUUUUGGCAGAAUGUACGAACUGAGUUGCUUCUUGCCUCAAGAGAAGGACCUGAAGAUUUCUAUCUAUGACUAUGAUAUGCUCACUCGAGAUGAGAAAGUUGGUGAAACCACCAUUGAUCUAGAAAACAGAUUUCUCUCCCGCUUUGGGUCUCACUGUGGAAUACCAGAGCAGUAUUGCAUUUCGGGUGUCAACACCUGGAGAGAUCAACUGAAACCAACACAGAUCUUGCAAAAUCUAGCCAGGGUUAAAGGUUACCCACCUCCAGUCCUCUCUGAAAAUGGAAGGAGGAUUCAUUAUGGAACAAGGGACUACACUUUGGAUGAAUUUGAGGCCAACAAAAAAUUGCAUGACCAUCUUGGGCGGAGUGAAGAACGACUUGCCCUUCACAUUCUCAGGACUCAGGGCUUGGUGCCUGAACAUGUAGAAACAAGAACAUUGUACAGCACCUUCCAGCCAAACAUCCCACAAGGAAGGCUUCAAAUGUGGGUGGAUGUGUUCCCCAAAAGCUUGGGCCCACCUGGUCCUCCUUUCAACAUCACUCCACGCAAGGCUAAGAAAUAUGAACUGAGGGUGGUUAUCUGGAACACAAAGGAUGUCAUAUUAGAUGAAAAAAGCAUCACAGGGGAAGAAAUGAGUGACAUCUAUGUGAAGGGAUGGAUGCCUGGCCAUGAAGACAAUAAGCAGAAAACAGAUGUGCAUUACAGGUCCCUGGAUGGGGACGGGAAUUUCAAUUGGAGAUUUAUUUUUCCUUUUGAGUAUUUUCCAGCUGAGCAGCUCUGUACAGUUUCCAAAAAGGAACACUUCUGGAGUCUUGACAACACUGAAUUCAGAGUUCCACCCAAACUGCUUAUUCAGAUAUGGGACAAUGAUAAGUUUUCCUUGGAUGACUAUCUGGGUUUUGUUGAACUUGAUUUGCACAACGCAAUUAUGCCAGCGAAGACGCCGGAGAAAUGCACAUUAGACAUGAUUCCAGAACACAAGCCAACUAAUUCUGCCAAGACCACUAAGAUUGCUUCACUCUUUGAGCAGAAAUCCAUGAGGGGCUGGUGGCCAUGCUAUGUAGAAAAAGAUGGCUCCCGUGUUUUGGCUGGUAAAGUUGAGAUGACUCUGGAAGUCCUUGGUGAAAAAGACAUUGAGGAACGGCCAGCUGGAAAAGGAAGAGAUGAACCUAACAUGAAUCCCAAAUUAGACUCACCAAACCGGCCAGAAACUUCUUUCCUUUGGUUCACAAAUCCAUGCAAGACCAUGAAAUUUAUUGUGUGGCGCAGAUUUAAGUGGCUCUUCAUAGGCCUAAUCAUCCUGCUGAUUGUGCUCUUAUUUGUGGCCAUUCUUCUAUAUUCACUGCCGAACUACCUGUCAAUGAAGAUUGUGAACCCAUUUCGAACAUGAUUUUCUUUUAAACUCUGAACUGGAGUGAAACAGUAUGACCUCCAUCUGUGGACCAAAAUAACCAAAGCAAGCAGGUGUCCCCUCAUGUCUGUGCUUUUGUGUUUAAACCAAGAAAAGCUUUAUUCCCAAGAAUUUAAUUGCCAUCCAAGAUGUUGAAUAAUGACAAGCAUAAGAUACUGUGUUCUGUUUCUGUAUUUUGACCUUGAUAGCUUCAGCAUGUGCACAUGAUCUGUCUUCUCUGAUUUUAAAUAUUGUUCAUAAAACAUUCCUGCAGAAAAGUGUUCAGUUUUUGCCUUCUCUUUAAAGACACACUCUAUUUAAAGUGGGUUUUUUAAAAAAUCAUUGAAAUUCUUUGAAAUUCUGCCUUUUGAUAGAUGGAAUAAAGUAAACAAGCACUCCUUAUAUUUUUCUAAAAGAAAUAGUGCAAUAAAAGCUGUUUGCAAUUUUGAUGUAAAUAUUGGACAAGAUCCAGGCUAAGCUGGUCAUGACUAAGCACUAUUGAAAUCAACGAGGCAAGUUAGUUAUGACUAACUUAAGGCCUAUUUUGGUGGGCUUUGGUCUGGAAUCUGCCCACUAUGUUUGGAAAGGUCACAAUACUAGCAGUAAGCUUCACUUUACUUUGGUUCCAGCUGUAUGAGUAAAGCAAUGAAAUAAAGCAAUACAAACU